UGUUUGUCUUUGGAAGGCGUGUGAGCAGUUUUACUUGAAGAGAAGAUUGUGUUUGAAAGUCAGAUCUGUUGGGUCUGGUUGACGUUGAUUUUUGAUAAUCUAUUAAAUCAGGGGAUUGAAAGUUCCUGAUGCCGCAGCUUCAGAGUCGAGUAGAAGGAGUUCAGACUCUUUGUGGAUUGUGUCGAGUUUCACUGAGACACUGAAGCUGCCUCCUUCAGGUUCAGGUUACCUGAGAGUCACUGAGGACGUGACUGCGGCAGCGGAGAGGAGGGGACAGGGUGCGGAGGACCUUAUCAGUUCUCUGGAAGUGUGACGUCCACCGUUAGAGGGCGGGUUCCAGGGUAGAGGUGAAACAGGUGAGACGGAGAGAGUGAGAGGAUUAUACAAACACAACGGCAGAUUAAAACGGAGCUGAUGAGCUCUGUUCAGCCGGGAGGACUCGUUUGGACACAGAGUUCUUCAGGAGAUGUCUGGAGCUGCUCAUCUGGACUUUGUCAGGAUGAAGCCAAAAACUCUGAGUCUGAGCUGAGCAGCCGGCGAACUGGACCCGAGGGACAGGGGCAUGUACGUCCUGUGCACUCUGGCGGUUCUGACCCUCCACAGCCUCCUCAAGAGCCUUAACAAGGCUGUGGAGCCCGACAGGACCUCAGCGGCUGCUGAGCAGAUAGGUUCUAUGCAGGAUGGGGAAGAUGCUGAGCUCUGCCGAGUGCCCAGGACUACGGGUCGAGGAGACGAUGCCAUGAAGAAGGUGGAUAACAGAGGACAGAGGUGCUGCAGAGCUGAAGGGAAGAGGAAGAGAGGAGGAGGCAUGUGUAACGUCCCUGUCAACAGGACACAAGUUCAGCCGGUCCAGCGGUCCAGUGCUCUGCUCUGUCCGUCGGUCAUGUUCGGAACAAGAAAGACCUGGGACCUCGGCCACGCCCCCUGCCUGCAGGAGCUCUGGAAGAAAGACAUCUCAUUGGACGCGAGCUCACUGGACUUCCUGAUGAGUGAUGGUGAAGACGACAACUCCUUCCUAUCUCUGCCCAACGCCACCUUCUCUCAGCGCCCCUCUCUGACCGCAGAGCUGACCGAAACAAGCGCACCCAGCCAGCAGCUGCUCAUCCAGAAGGUCACCUGGUCCUGCUGGUGGACUCCGGCCCACACUCUACAGGACAAAGUGUGUGAGUUUCAGUCUCGUCUUCGCUCUGAAGAAGUCACUCGUCACCUGCUCGUCCAGCAGCUGCAGCAGCAGAGCGUCCAGGAGAAGUCGUGUGGAGGAGGCGGGACUGUGGGAGGAGUCCAGGCGCCGGGGGAGGAGCGUCUGUCAGGGCCGCCAAACGGUGAACAACCUUCAGAUUGUUUCAGCCGUCAAGAAGAGCAGCUCGUUAUUCGGCUGCGCACACAGGUGGAGGAGCUGGAGAAGAAGCUGUUGGAUCAGACUGAGGAGGUGGAGAGACUUCGCUCAGAGCUGGGGGCGACAGACCUGGAGAAGCAGCUGGAGCUGCUGGAGGUGGAGAACGAGCGUCUGAAGCAGGAGCUGAAGUCAUGGAGGAGCUCAGAGCUUCAGAAGCUCGACGCUGCAGCAGAGACGUGCAGCUGCAGCCACUGCCCCCACAGCCAGGACGCAGACUCCCUGCGCAGGGAGGUGUCGCGCUGGGAGAACCAGGCCCGGCAGAGGGAGCGUCGUCUGGCUGAGCUGGAGCGAGAGCUGCUGGAGAAGAGCUCCAGGGUGGAGGCUCUCCACCGACAGCUGGAUGACUCCACCCGGCAGCUGGAGGAGUCGAGGCAGAGGCAGGAAGAGGCUGAGCAGGAGACGGCCAGACAGGCUGCAGCGCCCUCUAGGGUCAAGUACGUGACUCAGACGGUGGAGGUGGAGUCGGCCGACUCGCAGAAGGCUCUGGUUGAGAUGCAGAUGAAGAACGCCGGCCUGCAGGAGCAGCUCUCUCUCCAGAGGCAGCUGCUGAGGGAGCUGGAGACGCAGCUGCACGAGUCGCAGAGGACCUGCGCUCAGCUCAGGACGCAGCUGCUCGCCGAUCGAGGCCGUCUCUGCAGCCUCCUCUCCACAGCCAUCGGCGGAGGAAACAGUGAGGAGGUUCGCAGGUUGUCUAAGAUCCUGGUGUACGAGGGGGAGAUGGAGCGAGCGCAGGGUCAGCUGGAGGUGGAGAUGCAGAACCUGGAGGAGGAGAAGAACCGAGUGAUCGAGGAGGCCUUCAUCAGAGCCGAGAGCGAGAUGAAGGCCGUGCACGAGAACCUGGCAGGAGUGCGUAUGAACCUGCUCAGUCUGCAGCCGGCUCUCAGGACUCUCACCUGCGACUACAACUGUCUGAAGCGGCAGGUGCAGGAGUUUCCCUUCAUGCUGGAUAAAGCCAUCACCGAGGCGAAGCAGGAGAUCUGUCAGGUGAUCAGCGAGGUGAGCAGCACUAACCAGGAUCUGCUGCGUAAAUACAAGCGGGAGAUGAACCUGAGGAAGAAGUGUCACAACGAGCUGGUUCGACUCAAAGGUAACAUCCGUGUGUUCUGCCGCGUCCGCCCGGUGAGUCAGGAGGAGCAGGACGCCGCCGACGCCAAAACCAUGCUGAGCUUCGACUCGGAUGACGACGCCGUCCUCUACCUCUCCAGCAAGGGCAAGAUGAUGACCUUUGAACUGGACAAAGUUUUCCCUCCUCGGGCCACGCAGACUGAGGUGUUUCAGGAAGUGCAGUCUCUGGUCACUUCCUGUAUCGACGGCUUUAACGUCUGCAUCUUCGCCUACGGACAGACCGGCUCUGGGAAGACCUACACCAUGGAGGGCGUAGUGAACGACCCCGGCAUCAACCAGCGGGCGCUGCGUCUGCUCUUCUCCGAGGUGACGGAGAAAGCUCCAGACUGGGACUACAAGAUCAGCGUGGGCAUGGUGGAGAUCUACAACGAGACGCUGCGGGACCUGCUGGGCGAGAACCCCACGGACAAGCUGGACAUCAAGAUGAACCCUGACGGCAGCGGACAGCUCUACGUCCCCGGACUGACUGAGUUCCCUGUGCAGAGCCCGGAGGACAUCAACCGGGUGUUUGAGUUGGGUCACAUGAACCGAGCGACGGCCUGCACCAACCUGAACGAGCACAGCUCUCGCUCACACGCCUUGCUCAUCAUCACCGUGUGUGGGUUCAACGCCGCCACUGGAAACCGCACACAAGGUAAACUGAACCUGGUGGACCUGGCGGGCUCGGAGCGGAUCGGGAAGUCGGGGGCGGAGGGCAGUCGCCUCCGAGAGGCUCAGUGCAUCAACAAGUCUCUGUCGGCGCUCGGUGAUGUCAUCAACGCGCUGCGGUGCAGACACGCCCACGUCCCGUUCAGAAACUCCCGCCUCACCUACCUGCUGCAGGACUCCCUGAGCGGGGACAGCAAGACGCUGAUGAUGGUGCAGGUCUCUCCGUUGUCUAGCAACAUUAGCGAGUCGGUGUGCUCUCUGAAGUUCGCUCAGCGCGUUCGCAGCAUCGAACUCUCGUCGUCCUCCAGGAGACACGAGCCCUCGUCCACCUCGUCCUCGCCCACGCACGACAGCAUCGAGCUCGACUCCCCCCCGAUCACCCCCCUCCCUCUCCCCAUCUCUCGGGCGAGCAGCGCAGGCUCCACCCUCUCCUCCGCCUCCAGAACCCCGAGCGCCUCCCGCAGGAGGUCCCAGUCCCAACUGUCCACAGACAGACAGGUAGACAGAGCCAGCCCAUUGGUGGGGGACGGUGGGCAGGACGACUGAAGCUGACGGCCUGAGCGACCCGGAGGUGGCGCUGUGGGAUAUUAUCAUCGCGUCACCGUUGGAUGUGUUACCGCCCUCUACUGGUGGAAAGAGAAGGAGCAAAGGCUGAUGGGAAGUUUCCAUGAGCCUCUGUCAGCAGAGCACCCGGCCAAACGUUUGAUUCCCCGUGUCGUCCGGCAGCGACACGCGGACGAGAAGCUGAACUGAUCAACUCUUUACUCAUCCUCCAGAAAUCAGUAUAUGCUUUCUAAUCACAGUAUUUCCUUUAUUGUUUCUUUGUAACAUUGCACUUUAUAAAUUUAGGUUAUUUUCUAUCCCACAAUUCCAGAAGUGGUUGAUUAUAAUAUUUGCAUAAAAUGGUUAUAUAUUUAUGUUUGAUAUGCUUUAAUCCUUUUUUUUUUAUUUAGACUUUUUUCUUUUUGACGGAUGAUGCAGGAUGUGUGACAUUUGAGGUCUGUCCUCAGAGUUCUUGAAUCUCAGAUGAAUCUUGUUUAGGUGCCCCCCCCCCCCCCCCCCUCCGAUCAGGGUACUCCACUGAAGCUGUCCGUCGGGACGUGAGCAAUACGAGCAAAUCCUCACCUGUGUUCAUGAUUGUUUUGAUCUUCUCUUCCUGUGGAUGAUUUUUAGCUUAAAAUAAACGUCAUGUUCCUUCAGCUCAUUGAAAUCAAAGACUUCUUUCCUCGACUGUUUCCUCUCGGUGUGAUCCUGCUGUCGUCUCCUCGUCUCUGAAGGAAACAACAGACGUGUGCUGAGUGUGACGUGAUGCAGGAGAACCGUUAGUUGUAGAGAACAGGAACCGCUUAGAACCGCAAUGAGCUGCUGUGUUGUUGAGCUGAAGAUGAACACGACUGCUUGCUUUGUCUCCGCUGCAGAAUUCUACAGUUUGGAUUUUGUAUUCACUUUUUAAUAAACUCUUCAAAACCAA